ACAGCCACGAUGCCGUCUUGCGAUUCAAUGGGGCUCCUACCAAGGGGUUUCAAGAAGAUGUGGGGCAAAAGACGACCAUUCGUCUUGUGAAUUCCCAGCUUGUAACCGUUGAGGAGCAGCGGUUUCUGAGGGACGCGCUAUAUAACACUGGAAUCUUAAUUGUCUGGGAUCCAGCACCGUAUCAUGCAGAAAUUAAAGAGUGGUACAGAAAACCAGACUACAACUUCUUUGAAAGCUAUAAAUCCUAUCGUAGUAUACAUCCAGAGCAGCCCUUCUAUAUCCUGAAUCCAAAAAUGCAGUGGCAACUCUGGGAUAUUCUACAGGAGAACUCCAUGGAGCAAAUUCAGCCUAAUCCACCGUCAUCAGGAAUGCUUGGCAUCGUGAUCAUGAUGACGCUCUGUGACGAAGUGGACGUGUACGAAUUUCUCCCUUCCAAGCGGCAGACAGAUAUUUGCCACUAUUACCAGAAGUUUCACGACCGUGCCUGUACCAUGGGAGCUUACCACCCCCUCCUGUUUGAGAAAAACUUGGUGAAGCACAUAAACCAGGGCACGGAUGAGGACAUCUAUACUCAUGGAAAAGUUACUUUGCCUGGCUUCCGAAACGUGCAUUGCUAGCAGAUCGUUUCUUAGCGUGUUGGGGAAUUUUUCUUGAUUGUCAAAGCACUUUUUAAAUCGGGGUUGUCAGGUUUGUUAGGUCUAAGCACUGGUGUGUUUUGACAGCUCUUCC